UAAUCAUACUGACGGAUUUUAUAGCAGUUACAAAAUAGCUUUCUCUGCUGAAUAUAGCCAUUGUCGUUUAGUGCGAAGUUGACCAUAUUUAUGUCUAAGAAGAAGAACUAGAAGAAGAACAAUAAUUUCAAAACUUGAUAACAAGGCGACAGGAGACUUUUCUUAUUAUAUAAUUCGUUAUCAACAUAUUCCUCGAAAGAAAAUGUUCAUCAAAACUACAGACGAAUCAAAAUGCGAGUCAGUUCCGACAACGGGAGUGGUUGAAAGCUCCUGCAGUUUUGAAGAUACGAUAAAACCUAGUGACGAAAUUAUGAAACUUUUCAAAUUAACAUACACAUUUCCUAAAGAUCCAAGUAAAAUUAGCAAGAGACAAAUCAGAACAACAGAAAUAAAGAUGAAUAAAUUGUUUCAUAAAGUAAUCAACUCGCAAGACACAACAUUUGUAGAUAUUAUAACACUUGCAUAUAUUUGCGAACAAAUAUGUUUUACAUACAUGAAGUUAAAUCAGACAGAAAAUCUAUCUGCUGCUAGGGACUCCAUUCUGUGUUGUUUACAUUUGAUAAAAGAUAAAGAGCUGGAUCCCAAAAUUAUUUUGCUGACUUUAAAAGCAUAUAGCCAUUUAAGUUAUAUUUAUCAUAAACAAAAGAAGCUGGAGAAUGCUAUAAAAAUACUUGAUAACGCUGUAGAUUUAUAUUUGAUAUAUAUGAAAGAACAUAGGGAGUACGAUAUUCCUAUCGAUUAUGAAGAUAUUAUUAAACCAUCUGAACAAAUAAAAAAUGGCUAUUCGAAACUAAAAUCUUUAUAUAGACACAUUUUACAAACAUUAAUAGAUGUACAUACAGAGAUGGGAUCAAAAACUAAUGAAAGUUUUAUGCAAUCCCGUCAUUUGCUUUUAAUGGAUGAAUUGAAUUCUUUACAAACAUUUAAGGAACAUAUACAAUGGAUUGAAAAAGCAAUGAUAGUAUGCAAUUAUUUAAUCAUGUAUAACCGUUUCGGAGAAGUUAGGAAUUACUUUGAUGAAAUAUUUGUUGUACAAAAAAAUACAUAUGCAAAAUAUAAUGAUAUUUUGGGCAAGAAAACUUUCUCAGAAGAAUACAAGUUAUAUGAGAAGUGCAUGGUCGCGUUCAAGUUGACUAGUUUAUGCUAUGCGAAGUACAAUGUUGCGCUCUUGCGUCAGUCGGUGGAACGACAGCUACGGUUAGAAAAAAAUGAAAAUUCUAAGACUAACAACUCAACAAUUAAAUAUCCAUCAAAAUCGAAGGAGAGGGCAUCGCGGAGAUUACUAGUAUUCGCUCCAAAUGAGAAAGCAUAUUUCAACACAGAUACGUACUAUUCUGCAUAUCUGUUUGCGGACAUAUUGAAUUAUAACGAAGCUCAGAAAAAGUUUAGCGAUGUUCUGGCCGAGAUAUAUGAGCCAGAGCUACAUCAUACGCUCGUCGAUGUAAACUACUAUGUCUCAUUUAUAUUAUACAUUUCUAAGAUGUACAAAUAUAUAGCAUUCUAUGAAAAAGAUACAGCCAGUCAAUUUUUACUACGAAAACGGCGCGCAGAAAUUUUAGAAACAGCUGAAAAUUUUUUAGGGAACAAGAAUGAUUGUAAAUUACUCUUGUGGCUUCAACUAACAAUUGCUUAUUCUAUCCUAAUAGACAUGAAAGUAGAAGAUUUAGAAGCAGCUCCCCUAUCAUAUUUACCCCAAAGACAUGAUACACUUGUUGAUGAAAUUAACACUUUAGUAGAAAGUGCCUUAAUAUUCCUACGAAAGUAUAAGUGUUAUAACCUAAUCUAGAUAAUUUAAUAUAUGUAUUAUAAAUAGACAUCGGGCUGAUGUAGGAUGUUUCGGCACGAAAUUACAAUAAUGUUACAAGACUUACGAAUAGUGAGUCAUAUUCAUAAUAAUUUUAUAUCAUCCAGAUCUAACUUUGGAAAAAAUAUGUUUAAACCACUACCCAACGAAAAA